CGGCUCCAGCCCCCUCGCCCUGGCGGCCGCCAUGUUGGCGGCGGCCGGAUGUUGAUGCCGUGAGGGAGCCAUGGCGGCGCGGCCCGGCGGGGCCGGCGAGCGGCGGCGGCGGGUGGAGGAGCUGAGCGCGGCGCUGCGGGGCCGCCUGGGGCCUUACGAGCCGCUGCUGAGCUCCGUGCAGGCCGCGCUCGUGUGGGAACGGCCGGGCCGCAGCGCCCUGUGGUGGGCGGCGGCGCACGGCCUCUUCUGGUUCUUUGCUCUGACUUCUCUUCGACUGGUGUUCCUGGUUGCGUUUACUCUUAUUGUCGUAGUUUGUAUAGAUCAGUGGAAGAACAAAAUCUGGCCUGAAAUUGGAGUGGCAAGACCUGGCGACUUAGACAAUGAGAGCUGGGGAUAUGUCCACCCUCGGCUGCUCGGAGUGCCGGAACUUUGUCACCAUUUGGCUGAAGGAUGGGUGACCGGGACCAACUUCUUAAAUAAUCUCUUCGUUUUCAAGAGGCAAAGCCCUGGCAAGUUUUGCCUUCUAGUCUGUGGAGUUUUUACUUUCCUGGCUGUUCUGGGCCGGUAUAUCCCUGGACUCCUGCUCUCGUACUUGCUGUUGCUCUUCGUCCUGCUCUGGCCCCUGGCUGUGUACCACAGGCUGGGGCACCGCGUGUACCUGAAGCUGGAGCCAGCUCUGCAGCGGCUGGAUUUCAGUGUUCGAGGCUACAUGAUAUCAAAGCAGCGGGAGAAGCAGCUGCGUCACCGAUCCCUUAAUCAGGAGGGCACGGAUGAGGGGAGUGACAGUGAAGAGGAGCUUGCUGCUUUCUGUCCCAAGCUGGAUGACUCCGUGGUUGCCAAGGAACUCACCAUCUCUGACUCGGAGCAUUCGGAUGCUGAGGUUUCCUACACUGAGAACGGGAUGUUUAACCUCUCAAGGGGCCAGACUCCACUGACAGAGGGAUCAGAAGACCUGGAUGGUCACAGUGACCCAGAAGAAUCUUUCGCCAGGGAUCUCCCUGACUUCCCUUCCAUCAACCCAGAAGCAACCGGCCUAGAUGACGAAGAUGACACCAGCAUUGGGAUCCCGAGCCUGGCUUACCGCCCGCAAGUACCAGAAGAGCUGCAUUUCCCUUAUUACCAGGAAGAAGGCAGUGCUCUGCCAUCUGUCCAGAAUCUCACUAACAACAUCGCUGGGUUUGUCACCAGAGGGAUGAUACAGCUUGCGCUGUCAGGAACCGCUCAGCCAGGCUCUUCGCACAGCGACAAUCCCCAAAGAGGUGCAAAGACUUACCUUAGGACGGCCAGCUCGGAUUUGGACACUGAUGCGGAAGGGGAUGACUUUGAACUGCUGGAUCAGUCUGAGCUGAACCAGCUGGAUCCCGCUGGCUCACGGGGCCAGUAAGCAAUCACAUCGCUUCCUCUCUGGUUUUCUGUUGUGCGUCGUGGAGGGGAAUCCUGGAAGGAAAAAGCGUUGCACAGUUACCUAGAUUGUCUCCCGUGUGAGUGCGAGUGAUAUGACAACCAGUCCUGGCUGGGAACACCACUGUGACCCGUGACUCUGUAGCCUCGCUUGGAUUUUAAAAUAAACCACACUGGUAAUUCGUAGGGAAAAGGUGUUGAUGUGAUGGCUCCACAAUCACCCAUGCGUUGCCCUGCAUUGUCUGCCAGGAUGCUGCUUGCUCCAAAAUUCCUCAGCUAAGACAAUAAAUCUGGUGUCUGCAGCCUAGAGACCACUAAUCAGACUGAAUUAGAGUCACUGAGAACAAUCUGGAAGCCGACCUUCCGGGGCUGAUACACGACAAGGUGAAUGGGACUGGUUUCCCCUCAGACUUAGUGUCUAGGACUUUAAUGCUGUUCUGUCUUUAAGACAACCCUUUCCUGCUCCUAAAAUGUGCACAGAAAUCCCGAUUCUUCUCUCCCAGCAAUAUCCAGCUCUGGGUAGAAACAAACACCUUGCUCCUCUUGUGGACGUGACGGUGUACGGCCACAGAUGUUUGUACUUGUAACGACCACUCAUCUCCAGCUUUCUAGUGAUGCUAUUUUGUAAGAGACAUAAUGGCAAUAAGACAUCUCCUGUGAUGACUAGAGUCCUGCAAAGAACAUCUACGUGUGGCAGCUGUUCUUGUGUUGCUUUCUUAAAACACCGGGCUAACAAUUGACUAAAAAUCCCGUGUUACUCCCGAACACAUUCGGCAUGGACGGUAGCAAUACUACAUUUCCCCUGACACUGCCUCUUAGGGAACGACUAGGGAGAGGUUUUCUGGAGGAGGGAAGAAGCAGAGCUGGCCUGCUCGGCCGCUUUUGUUCUGGGCCUCUUUCACAGCUUUGUGUAGCUGAGAACCUGCCGGUAGGAAUCGAACAGAGGGACACCAGCUCAAACCACAAGUGACUGAAGAGCUUGUACCUGCUGUGGGCACUUAAACCAGCAACCUAUAGGGGAGAGACGUUCUGUACGCUGGAUGGCCCGAGCCUUCCAGCCCCUUCCGAGUCACUGAGCUUUCCCAUUGCUUUUUCUAAGCCAUAAAAACUGAUACAGGUCACAUUUGUGCAGCAAACAACUUACCUCUUCAGGGAAACUCCCAUGUUAUGUGCUUCUUUUUGUCGAAAUCUGCUUGCCUGAAAGUGUUGGCCGUACAGAUGCUUAGACUGUCUUGAAUUAAGGAGGCAUGGGUAAGGUGGAGGCUUUAUUAAUUUUAUACUAGCGUAAAUCUUUUGGCCUUGCAAGGACAAGCUGUCACCCGAUAAAAUGUCAGCCUACUUUGGGAUCUGAAGUAAAGAGCCUGUCACAAACCA